UUUUUUUGGGGUUUUUUUUUUUGUGGGUUUAGUGAAUUGUAGAGGAAAAAGUGAAGCUUACAUACUUGGAAGGGUUUUUAUAGAAGUUGAGCUGAGGCAGAGGAAGGACGGGAGCCAGAGUGGAACACAAAAUUAGAUCAAUGGACUGAAAUUGAUGGAUGAUGAGGGAGAGAAGAGAACAGGAUUCGCAUCUAUCUCACAGAGCUGAAGAGACGGAAACAGGAGAGAAAGAAAGAACAAGUUGCAGGCUGUGGAUUCGAAUGCAGGUGGGUUGUACCAAUUGUGGAAUGCGUUUACAGGGGAGAAAUGAUGCAGAGGUUUUUCAGGGCAGGGGCAGGGAAGGAAGGUUGCAGAGGAGAGGGGAAAUUGAGGUAUUAGAAAAACGCAAAUCGAUAUAGGGAUG